AUGGUCAACAACGAUCCGGUGGUUCUAGUGAGCAGAACUAGCAAAAAGUCCAAACACCGCCAAUCGCUGUACUCGGUCGAGUUCAGCCGACCGGUGGACACGAUCCGCGGGGCCCAUCCGAACGAUGCGUACGAUGAUGAUGAUUUGAUCGGGGGCGCCGGUGCACCGUCCUCCCUCAGUCCGAAACCGAUGACGCCGCGCCGCGUCAAGCGUCGAUCGGUAAUGCAGCGGGGUACGUCCGGUGGUACGGGACGGCAGAGUACCACCAGCCGCCGGGUACAUUCGUCCUCGUCCGGUGGUUCGGGUGCGAUCGCGUCGGGAAGUGCCGGGCACCAUCACCACCACCAUCGGAGCAGUGUGAGGAAUUCGCGAAGGAAGACAACGCAUCAGAACCCGGUGACGAAGCUGCUGAACCAGCAACAACAGCAUCUACAGGCACAGCAUCGGCACCAUCACGCGGAUGCGUUGGCAGGGUUGGAAGAUGCGGCUGGGACGAUGACCCUCACCAAAACCUUCCCUCCGUUCGUCCACAACAAGAAUCCGGAUUUGACCGAAUCGAACCUAAAGUCCCUAAACAAUGACUACAUUCUGGGGCAGCUGAACAAUUUCGGCCAACCGGUUGGGGAAGUGUCCGCCAACAAUCUGAACACUUUCGGCGCCCAUCAUCAUCAUCAUCAUGCGGUGCAGCCUCCAUUACCUCCGCAUCGGCGACAAGCGCUGGUACACACGCCAACCUUCCUGGACGGUGACACAAGCAGUCCGAUCGAUCCGAUCUACUACAACAUGAACUCAUCUUCGCCACUGCUCCAACAGCAGACAUCCUGGGGUGCUUCUUCCUCUCCGCAGACACUUAGCGUCCCGGGAGGUGUUGGUGGCGGCGGUGUCCUUGGCGGUACUCAUGCAGGACUGUCGAACCCGGUGUACCAACACUCCACGACCAACCUUAACCACAGUCCGGAGCUGAACGAAGAGUACUACGGUACGAAUGGACAGAACCGUCCACCAUCGGUACGCUCGAGCUACUCCAACUUUCACGGGACACGUCCACUGAGUUCGUAUCUCGGUGGUGCUGGAGCACCGCAGCAGGGCGGAGGUGGCGUCACAAACCGGGGCUACAAUGUAUCUCCUCCAGGGCAGCCGGGAGGUCCUGCUGGUGGACAGAUGGAGAACGUGUUUGCAAACUUAGCGAGCGGACACAACCCGAAUCAGGGACAGCUGGGUGGCAGUACUGAUCCGAUCGCUAUACCUCAGCUACCCCACCGGCGUUCGGUUUCGCGUGAAAGUCUUCGGGCGAUGCAGUUCCUCAACAGUGGUCCACCGGCUUACAAUCUGAACUAUCACACACCACCGGACUCUGAGACGACCAUGUGA